AAAAGAGGAUGUGCAGAUGAACAGAAUGAAAAUGUUAUACUAUGAAUAUUCUUGCCUUCAUCCCAACCCUCCGCCUCCCCCGUCUCUGGCACUCCCUCAAGGCCGUGUUAUUGUUCCUGCCUAUCAGUGUCAUUUCCAUAGUGAGUGCUGAAAGAGAGUGGAUAGAUUGAGGCAGGUGAGAGUGGACAGGAGACACUCAGAAGGAGCGCGGCAGGCACAGGCAGCCCACCUGCGUUCAGCUCCACUUUUAACAGACUCCUGAGAGGUGGACACUACAUUAUCAAGAGGAUUGCUGACAGCUCCAGUUCUGAUAAUGCAUUUGUGUCCUUAGGGAGGCGAAGUGAUGAGAAGAUAAAAGAGGGAACACUGGAACAGGGAGAAAACUAGAGCUCAAGUUAUCAGAACAGUGAAUCCACAAGAGGAAGAGCGUGGAAGGCCAUAUUCCUGGGAAAUGGAGCCGAGCCAUGUGUUGUGGCACACCCAGGUGGUCCCACUAGAAACAGACCUGGACAGGGUGAGCUCUCAUCCCGAGUGCUCCAUCUGCUUCAACACCUACGACAACGUCUUCAAAACGCCAAAACAGUUGGACUGCACUCACACCUUCUGCCUCGAGUGUCUCUCCCGCAUUAUGACCACCUCCAUGGACCCCCAAAACUCUAAAAUCUCCUGCCCCUUCUGCCGCCAGCCCACUACCAUCCCAAAAAGGGGGCCUCCGGCUUUGACCACCAGCCAGGAGGUGCUGUGUCGCCUGCCCGUCCACCAGCAGCAAGAGGAGCCUGUGUGGCUGGAUGGGGAUAGACUGUGCUACCAACAACCAAUAGGUGUUCCAGGCGUGCCAGCAUUCUGCAUCUGUGUCGAUAUUGGGGCCAGUGGACAAAGCGCCAUCUCUUCUUCCCAAACUCGACCGCGACUUGGGCUUCUGGAACGGCUGAUGGAUUGGAAGCGUUUGCUUCUCUUUAUAUUCCUCAUGAUGCUGCUGCUGGGGAUCGUUCUGUGGCCCCUGCAGUGCAUCGUCACGACGGGCUCCAUGCGUUGUGCGCCCCAGAACUUGCAGAUAUCUACUACCACACCUUCUUCUACUACAGUCAAUGUAUAAGUCAGACAGACACGUCUAGAUGGAUAUUGGACUUGCUAAAUCAAGAUGACUGGUGUCAGUUUACAUCCAUACCUUUGUGCAAAGCCUGCUGGGUGCUAAAGGACUAAAGGCAAGCAUGCAGAUGGACUGUGGUGAAGACCGAAGAACUGUUAUUGGGAUCAUGUGAAGGAGCGUGACAAAACUGAUCGAUGAUCAACAUUGAUCAAAACAAAUCUUUACAAAACAAAAGCAAAACCGAUACAAAGUGCAGACACAUUAGGGAAGUUCUGGUGCAGAUUUGCAGUCGGUAGUGUAAUGAUGUCAUUGAAAGUAACUUGUAAAUUUGUCCUAAUGAAAUGAUUGGACUUUGCCCAUGAGAAACAGUAAAUGUGGCCGCAACUCCAUCCAAUUUACUUGUACAUUGAUGUAUAUAUUUUAUCUGAUUGUAUUACAUUUCAUGAAGAGUAUCCUGUUUACAAAAAAUAAAUCAUCGUUGCUGUGAACCGCAUGAGGAAGUUCAAGGAAUGGUGUCAUGAAAUAUUUUUCAGUUUUAAUAGGUGCAAUAUUCAUGAUAUUGCUGAUAACUCAGACAAAGGGAAGGAAAAGCAAACAGGUUCACGUGGCCCUAAUUUAUCACUUCCUGCUCUGGGACGGUUAAACGGACACGCCUCAAAGAAUAACCGCCUGAAACCUAAACCCUGCGGCGACGAGUGCUCUGAAAACACUCACACCAAUGUAAACUCCUGCACUGUGUGUGUUUCUUAGGGAUGCAUUAUCAGUUUCCUACUUCCAGGUGUAUUUAUAAAAAAAAUAAAUAAAAAAAAAACAUGUUAUUAAAGCCUAAAGAGAUAAGGAAUUGAUAAAGAGGGAAUGAAGUAAAAAAAAUAAAAUGUUUGUUUGGAGCAAGGUGAAAUGAGUCAAAGACAAUUAGUAGAAAGUUCCCAGUGUAUACUUUAUUAUGCAGUAACUAGUCCUGUAUUGUUAUUUGAGAUGCAAGUCUUAACAUCAGCUUUAUCUUUCAGGGCAAAAGGCAUUUGAGGCAGAACCAGUGCAAUAGGGAACACAGUCUUUAUCACACAAGGACAAUCAGCACGACACAACUCAGAUCAAACCGACUGAUCACCAACUGAGAUUAUAAAAGCCCAUCAAUACAGUAUUCAAGUAAAUUUAAAAAGAAGACUUGAAAACUGUGAUAAUGCAAGCAGAUAGCUUUAUAACUGUUGAUAUUUUGUAUAAUAGUAGAAGUAAUAAUAAUAAUAAAACAUUUUAACAUCGUCAAAUGCUAAACGGCUGUGAAUAUUUCCAUCAAUGUAUUAACGAACAAAUGAAAUGUACAGUUUGCAACAAAUCAACAACUGACCCAAUAAAAAAAAAAAAA